AUGGUCUUGUUGCUGGAGCCUCAGGUGUACCCUAGAAUAGAAAUCCCUCUAAAACCAAGAAGAUUUGGCCACCUGCUUAGCAAGGCGACUCCACUACGAUGUCUGAAGGGCGAGGAGGAUGAUGUGUUGAGAGCCCAUCUUAAUGAGAGGGUCGUAACACUGCGUCGUCUUGGGUCUUCUGCUAGGGUAACCUUCAGGCAAGAGCUCUGCGAGGUCUGA